CGCUAGUGGUGAGUUGUGAAGAUUACUGGCCGAAUACAAACAAACGAAGCCUUACCUUGUCAGAAAAACCAUCACAAACUAAUGCUACCAAGCAUAGUCUAGCAAAUACCGUGUCAAGUUCAUCUCAGUCCCUAAUAUCGGGCUCCGCAAUCUCGAUAGCAUACACUUGAUUCCAAAACCUUUACGUACACAAAGCCGAUGUAAAAGUGUACAAAUCGGAAGUUCGUCCCGGGACAUGCUCAUUUAAAAAAAAAAAAAAAAAACUUUCUUUGAAAAUGGGAGAUUGUUUAAGUUGCUGUUGAAUCGAUCGAAAUAGAUUGUCACGUCAAAUCAUUAGAGACCUUUCUCUUCCAUUUAAAGAAUGGGGCGAUUUUGAAGUAUAUACCACACCCUGAUUCGCGGGAUUUGUUUGCGAAAGGUUUUCCCUUCGAGCCAUUUAUCCAAUGACAACUAUAAGAUUACAAACACGACAAUUGCAGCGAGCAGAAAAUCGACUGUUAACGAAGACGGCAGAGCCGGCAACGGCAACGAGAGCUCCCGUAACGCCACAGAAAACAAGCUUACAUACGAGUUACAGACCCUAGCUGUGAAAACGGCAGAUUCCUGCGAGGGCAUGACUUAUUGGCUACGGAACCGACCACUCGUUUUGUUUUAAUAGUUGAUACGGUCUCUCGUUUUUAGUCUUGAUUGGAUUAUACGGGACAAGACAUACCGAAACAGUAAAGUCAGUGACUUCAAUGUUUGGCUUUAUUUUAAAAUGUUGACUUUGGAUUGUGAGGUUGACAGCGUAUUUAUAGAAAGGAGAAUGCGUAGAUAAGUGUUAUUUAAACAUCCAUUGUUUGUGAAAUUCGUAUUUAAUUAUUAAAAUAUCAACAUCAAUUAAUGGGUUUAUAUUACUGGAAAUGAUAGUUGAACAAUGUGAUUCGAUAAAUCAAAAAGGGAUUUUUAAGAAGUUGACACGCGAGAGGACAAUAUUUCUAGAAAAUUUAUUCCAUAUACGCACUUAAAUUGUCGGCUGAUUGAAUCACUUCAGGGUAGAUAUAAACUGCGUCUGAUGAAACAAAAUACAUACAAAACGGGGCAUUAAUCACCUUAGUGACGUCAGAAGAUUUUAAGUUGUUAUUGCAAAGCCUGGAAAUACAUUAUAUAUGGAUAUGUAGAAUGUCACUUGCUGUGGAACUCGCGAGAUUUAAAUAAAUUAUAACCAGCUGUUUUUGCCGUACGGUUACCGACACAGCGACUAGAUCGGGACGGAAACACAACUAGUAUGGCGGACGGGAAACCCAUUGGAAAUUCUGUAGUGUUUAACACUUCAGCUUUUAACAUUUCUGGAUUGUCGGGUGAUGUGUUGUGCUACUUAUGGGGGAACUGUACAAAUGACACAAGAGAACUACUGGAUCGAUGUAGUGGUGGUGUGUUCGAUUCCUACGUGGAUUUUACCCAAAUUUUCGCCGUUCAUACCGCAAUGGUCGUUUGCUACCUCCUGGUAAUGGUUUUCGCUGUUUUUGGAAACAUCUUGGUGAUCUGGACGAUCUGGAGAAAUACGCACAUGCACACGGUGACCAACUAUUACAUAGUGAACCUCGCACUUUCGGAUUUCCUCGUGUCCUCAAUUGUCCUACCACUCAAACUUCUGGAAUACACAAGCCCCUGUGAUUGGCAGAUUUUCAGCCAUGAUGGCCUAUGUGCUGUUGUCUACUACAUUCUACCAAUAUUCGUCUUUGCCAGUGUUCUUACUCUCGUCGCUAUUUCCUUAGAAAGGUACUACGCCAUUGUCCAUCCUCUUUCCGCUAUGAAGGUAAACAGUAAAAGUAGAACAAAGAAGAUAAUAGCAGUCACGUGGAUCAUACCUAUUGUUAUCUGCACGCCUUACCUCUAUUGUGGAAGUUACUCAUUUGAAUUUCGCAGUCAUUAUGGUUCAGUUUCCCGCCAAAUUUGUGCUGAUCGAUUUGAUGAGAUAGAUGGCGGCACUGGUAACUUCCGUCGAGUAUUCUUCCUUGUUCUGACUGCGUUCAUGUACUUCCUUCCAAUGAUUAUCAUCAUCACGACUUGCUCGAGGAUCGCACGAUCCUUGCUUCAACCAAUCAUCAUCGAGAGCUCGCAAUCCGGAGCCAGGAACUGUAAAAGACGAGACGAAGUAAACAAACGCAAAGUUGCCCGGAUGGUAAUAGUGAUAGCGGUGGCCUUUAUCGUCUCCUGGUCUCCGAUGUAUGUAGUCAACAUUGUCAGUCAGCUGCAAGGCCAAGGCGACAGUUUCCUUCUUCAUAGCAACUUCCUUUUCACUAUGCUCACCAUACACCUGUCAGGUUUCAUCAACAGUUGUGUGAAUCCCUUCAUCUACACGGCCAUGAGUAAAAAAUUCCGGAAAAGUUUUGGUCGUACACUUGGUAAAAUCUUCUGUAAUUAUUAUUGCCGACAGAGGCUGUUUCUAUACAGGGAUAGUAUCAUACAACGGCGAUCAACGGCGUACACAAGCGCGUCACGGGGGUCAUUCAUUGACCCAGAAGCAGAGCCAUUACAAAGUGAAAUGAGAGAAAGAGCACCAGUCAAGGGGAAGGAAUCUCACAGCAGCAGUAGCGAGGGGGACUCAUCCUGCAGGUCACAAAGUAGACUGUGUAAGUCCACCACGGGACGACAACCAAUGGCACAAGAGAAUGUUUGUGGGUCUGACGAGUGCCGAACAGUUGAAGAGACUGGAGUCAGUUCCAACCUAUCCAUGGUAACCUUCCCUUGUCCAAAAUCUGUCCAGAUCAUUGACCACUCCGGACAUUGCAGAUGUGUCACAACCAGUCAAAUCAUGCCGAGACAGUGCAAAGUUCGGAGCUUUAUGGAGCCCAACAAAAAUGGCAUCAAGACGGAAACGUUUAUCAUGCGUAACCCCAAACAGUUGGAAUGUGACGUAGACGGGCAUGUACGCACGAUAAUCAUGUGCAAUGGGGAUAUGAACGAGGCAGAGACCAUCGACGUUAAGCAAAACGCAUGUCCGUGAACCUAUAUCCCCAAAAAUAAAACUAAAAAUGUAUCAAUCAAUCAAGCAAUCAAUCGUGUGACAUCCAUUUUAUUGAAGGUGAAUAGUUGACGACAAUCGAGGAAAACAUUUUAAUCGGGCAUCACAAGGCUGAUGUUGAGAAUACCAUGUAAAUGUCCUACUAUCACAACACUUGUGUGUUCUAAUCUGUCUGGAACCCCUUGGUGGUCUGGACGUUUCAUUCCAUACAAAAAUAUGUUUGAUUAUUCCAUUUCCUCAGACAUUUUUCUGCUGUAACGUUCCCAAGGAGCAAAUUAUCAAAUGUAUACAUAUUUUGUAUGGAGAUCGUAUAAAACACCAGCGUCCGGUUUCCAAAGAUGGAAUAAUGACUCCAGCAAAAACAGAUUGAAAGACAGCAUUGCCAUUAUAAACAUAGCAUGAAAUAUUCUAGUUUUCUAAAAAAAAAGUAUCUAUAUUUGUUCAAAACCAUACUAUUUCAAAACUUUAAAAAAUACUAAAACAGCAUACGUCGAUCUGAAGUAUAUCAAAAUCAUACCUAAAUGUAUCAUGUCCUUGCAAUAUCAUACUUUUACAUCCAUGUUACGAAAUUCACAGAAAAAAAAAAUGAAAUCAAAUUUCUGAAAUUUUACUAGAUUUCUUCACCUUUUCAUGUCAACGAUAUGUCAAUGUUAUUUCCCGGAUUUUGAUAGAAAAGCAUCCAAUUUGAUAAUGAAUUAGUAAUGGAAAAAGUAACCGAGCGUUUGUACAAAGGGAAUACUACUCUAAACCAAUAUGGUAGUUGAACUCUUUUUUUUUCUUUUCUUUUUCUUUUUUUUUUACUCAAAACUCUCGGAUUGGUAGGUUUUAGAUUAUUUGUUCACAAGCAAUAUGAAGAUCCGACUUUUAAAAAUCUUUAAAACUUACAAGUACAUGUAUGAAUUUACUGCCCGUAGAAAAUCUUUUUAUAUCCGUAUCGGUACAGUUUUAAUAUGUUUGGUCAACUUUAGAAUAGUAGGGAUCGCCGUAAUACUAAUUUUCAUCAUAUCAUCCACGUGUAUAAGGUAUUACUAUGAUAUGAAAUCUGAAAGAUCUGCCAGAAUGACCAAUAUAAGUUAACAAUUUUCUUUCGUUAUAUUACUUAUUCGUUUAUUGUUGAAUGAGUCUUGUUGGUUCCAUUUGAUCAUUAUAUUCAGACUUAAAUUAAACUUAUUUUUCUUGCUUUUAAAAAAAAGUUAUUUAUGGGUUAUUUUCUCAUUUGCUGAUUUAUUACACUUGUUUUAUCAUGUUCCAUUAUCGUUGCACAGAAAGAAGUGACGUCAUCGGAACGAACGGUAAAAUUUUAUGUAAAAAUGGUGUAUCAGUAAAUGCGUAUUCGAAUUCGUAUGUGUUAAUUAUACCAACUACCGUUAAGUAAAUGUCGACAAACUUGGAAAUAACAUCAUAUUGGUACAGUUUAGUGUUGUUGUAAAGUAAAAUCACCAUUUUAUGAUACACUGUGUAAGCCGUUAAAUUUGUUUGGUCAGUAUCUAUAAAUCAUCAUCAUGUUUCGGGUCAAUAAUUUGACAUAUUGAUAUACAUUGUGUACUGUUGUUUUUUCAGGUCAAAGUUUCUCCAUCAGGUGCAACAGUUAUUAAGUAUGUUUUGUUACAAAUUCUAACUUUAACCAAUCCUAUAUAACUAGACGAAUUUAGUUUAUUUAGUAUUGAUAGCUUAAUCAGAAUUGGAUUACAUACAGAACUGAAAACGAACCACAAAACAAAUAGGGCUUGAUUGAUGACUGGAAGCAAAAUAAUGCUUGAUUGAUGACUUGAGAUCAGACAGAAAAUAAACUGUUUCCCCAAAUGUGUCGAAGAACGGGUUCUUCUUUACUCUGAUUAUUUCAAUGUUCAAACAUAUCUCUUUGUUCUAUAAAUAAAG